AUGUAUGUGACCAGGCCUCUUUCUCGCUACUUGAAGUUUCCUGAUUCUCUUUCAUUACCACCUGAGGGUCCAAAUUCUGGCUAUUUAGUUCUUCAAGAUGAAGAGUCUGAGACCACUACUUGUUUCGGAUUGUGUAAGGACAGUGAACUCCAAGAUCUGCCAUUUCCUCAGAACAAGGACCUAACUGUUCACUACGGAUCAGAUGAUGAAGAUGUUGCCUUCAUUCCAGUUCUUAAUCAGCCAUUGUCUUCCAAUCUUUAUUAUGCGAUAAAGCCGCAUCGGAAGCAUAAAGGGGAAGCAUACACUUGUUCAGCUAAAAAAAACGAGACUGUUGGCUGUUUUGGCAUAAGCGCUCGAGAUGUAAAGCCAAGGCCAUUAAAUCCCCAUGACAUGUAUCAACAAUUUGAGAUUUUUCUUUACCCACAACCACAAGGUUGCUAUGGGGGUGGUUUCUACGCAAAAUCUGUUGCACCAAAUGGGCAUCCUCCAAACUUCCUGAGGAGAAAAGGGUGGAAAAUUUAUACCAAAACCCCACCCAAAAAGUAUGAAUUGGGUGAAGCUCCAGGCCUCAACACUGCCCUUCGUGCUCGCCUUCCAGAAUUCAACUUCCCGUUAGCAUGUGAAAUUUCUGAAGCUGUCACCAUUGGCAAGUGGUAUUGUCCUUUUAUGUUUAUCAAAGAGGGAACUUUGAAAGAACAGAUGAAAAGGUCAAUGUUCUACGAGAUGACACUAGAACAAACAUGGGAGCAGAUUUUUGAAUGUGAGAACAAUUAUCGCGAAGGAAAUACUGUGUCUGUCAAUGUUGUAGUUGUGAAAGAAGUUGUCUUAGUUGCUCAAAGGGAAGCUGUGUGGGAUGAGAGAAAAGUGGUUGAUGGGGCUAUAUGGUUUACAGGUUUUGGUGAUGUAGGAGAAGAAAUAAAAUUGGGCUUGAGUUUAGUAAUUGUUGAGAGGAUGAAAUGGGAGCAAGAAAGAGCUGGGUGGAUUGGUGGGGAAGAAAGGCAAGUGUGGGUGAAGAGAGUAGAAGAGUUUGGAGGGAUUGGCGGGUGGAAAAGAUUUGGUUGCUAUGUAUUGGUAGAGAAGUUUGUGUUGAAAAGAAUGGAUGGGAGUGUGGUCCUGACCUACUCUUUCAAUCACACACAUCAGAUUAAGAGCAAAUGGGAAUGAGAUUAUGUCAUACUUCUGAAGCAUUCAGAAAAUUCCAAUUUAUCUUGUUAUUGUGUAUAUGUUAAAAACUAUUAUGGGUGUUUUC